AUGAGGUUUGCGUCAGAAGGAAGUUCAGCGCAAAUACUGACAGUGGGCCAAGUCUUGUUCGAGGUUCUUGGCGACCAUGUGCUGGUGGAAACACAUCUAUGCCAUGGAGCAGAUCUACAAGCCCACGAUGGCAGGUCCGAGGUCACCGUUAGCCUAUGCUUCACAUCACGGGAGCCGCCAGCUGCGGUGAAUGCCAUCUAUGACAGCCGUUAUCAUGGCAAUGUAAAGGAUGAUGUCAAGGAAUGCUUUAUUUCAUUCCCAGGCAAGUUUGCCUCUGGGUGGGACGUGCUAAACGCGGCCAAAGUGUGGCGUGCGUUUUCUUGCAAACUCCCGAAGUUUGUCUCGAAGACGUGCAGAAGAAGGUAA